AUGGCGUCGGAUCCCGUGGACGCGUUCGCGCGCAAGCUCGCGUCGCUGUCGACGACGCAGCAGUCGAUCGAAACGCUCUCGCACUGGUGCGUGUUUCAUCGACGGCGCGCGCGUGAGCUCGCGCGCGCGUGGAGGGAUGAACUCGAGCGGGCGCCGAGGGAACGGAAAUUGGCGUUUCUGUACCUCGCGAGCGACGUGGCGCAGACGUCGAGGAAGCGAGGGGCGGAGUGGACGGAUGCGUUUAAGACGAUUCUUCCGGGGGCGGUGCGACACGUGCUGGAGAGUGGUGAGAGCGGGAGCAGGGAGAAGAUUUUGAGGUUGACGCGCGUGUGGGGCGAGCGGAGAGUCUUCGGAGGCGCCGAGCCGGAGAGCUGGGUGAAGGACGUCGUGGACGGGAAGGAUGGAGGUAAAGAGGACGGUGGGGCGGUGAAAGCCGCGAGCGCGGUGCCGGCGGCGAAGCGAGCGAGAGGUGAGCUCGCGGAGGCCCCGGCGCCGAGCGGCGAGAACGCGUCGUUGACGAAAGUCUUGGUGAAGAUGGAAAAGGCUGAGCGCGAGUUCGCGAGGGCGUGCGAGGUGUACGACGCGGACGCGCGAGAUGAUUUGCUAGAUGAGAGCGCGAUAGACGCGAGCGAGGAUCCAACGGCGACGCUGCGUGCGAUUCAGCGAUACGAAAGCGCCGUCGUGGACAAGCGAGACGCCGGAGAAGCUCUGGGCGAGAUCUUGGACGACGUCGAGAAGAAGCUCCGAGCGGCGCUCUCGCGCGUCGAAACAGCUCGAGCGAACGUGGACGUGGGAAAUCUCACGCAAGAUCUCGUUCGCGCGCUCAAGGUUCGUAAGAAGGCGUCCAAGGCGGCGGCGGCGCACGUCGCAUCUCAAAUCGAAGCCGGCGGCGACGCCGCCCUCCCCGAACCCGUCGAUUUCGACCGCGACGACGCGAACGAUGACGAUGAUUACGACCCAAGCGACGUCCCGGACGAGUACGCCUCCGGCGGCGACGGCGCGAAGCGUCGACGCGCCUAG